AUGGGAAUUAAACUCCAGAGUCCUCCACACGAUGUUCUUAGCUUGGGAGUUCCUGGAGAUCAAUACAUUUGCCACGGCAACCAACUCAAAAUGCAUCAGGAUCAAUUUGAUAACUUAGACAAGCAUACGCAGUGGGGCAUUGACUUCUUGGAGAGAUAUGCAAAGUUUGUAAAAGAAAGGAUAGAGAUUGAACAAAACUAUGCAAAACAAUUAAGAAAUCUGGUUAAGAAGUACUGUCCCAAACGUUCAUCAAAAGAUGAAGAGCCCAGGUUUACAUCAUGUCUAGCCUUUUUUAACAUCCUUAAUGAGUUAAAUGACUAUGCAGGACAACGAGAAGUAGUAGCAGAAGAAAUGGGACACAGAGUGUAUGGAGAACUAAUGAGAUAUUCUCAUGAUCUAAAAACAGAAAGAAAAAUGCAUCUUCAAGAGGGGCGAAAAGCUCAGCAGUAUCUUGACAUGUGCUGGAAACAGAUGGAUAAUAGCAAAAAGAAAUUUGAAAGAGAGUGCAGAGAGGCAGAAAAGGCACAGCAAAGCUAUGAAAGACUGGACAACGACACCAAUGCAACCAAGGCCGAUGUUGAGAAGGCUAAGCAACAAUUAAACCUGCGUACACACAUGGCAGAUGAAAACAAAAAUGAAUAUGCUGCACAACUACAGAACUUUAAUGGAGAGCAACACAAACAUUACUACAUUGUCAUUCCUCAGAUUUACAAGCAUCUUCAAGAAAUGGAUGAACGGAGGACCAUCAAGCUUAGUGAAUGUUAUAAAGGUUUUGCUGAUUCUGAGCGCAAAGUUAUUCCCAUAAUCUCUAAAUGUUUAGAAGGAAUGAUUCUUGCAGCAAAAUCAGUUGAUGAAUGCAGAGAUUCUCAAAUAGUGAUAGACUCCUUCAAGUCUGGGUUUGAACCUCCUGGAGACUUCCCAUUUGAAGAUUACAGUCAGCAUAUUUACAGGACUGUCUCUGAUGGAACCAUCAGUACACCAAAGCAGGAAGGAAUGAAGAUUGAUUCAAAAACCACUGUGGGCAAGGCUAAGGGCAAGCUGUGGCUUUUUGGAAAGAAGCCAAAGCCACAGUCCCCACCCCUUACCCCUACUAGUUUAUACACAUCCACUACUCCUAAUGGGUCCCAGUAUCCCAUAUUCUCCAUUGAACCAGUGCAUUAUUGCAUGAGUGACAUAAAAACAGGGAAGCCCAGAAUUCCUUCUUUCAGAAGCCUCAAAAGAGGGUGGUCGGUGAAGAUGGGUCCCGCACUAGAAGAUUUCAGUCAUCUGCCGCCAGAACAAAGACGUAAGAAACUGCAGCAGAGAAUCGAUGAACUCAACAGAGAACUACAGAAAGAAACAGACCAAAAGGAUGCACUCAUCAAAAUGAAAGAUGUUUAUGAGAAGAAUCCACAGAUGGGGGAUCCAGGCAGUUUGCAGCCAAAAUUAGCUGAAACUAUGAGCAACAUGGAUCGUCUUCGAAUGGAAAUACACAAGAAUGAGGCCUGGCUCUCUGAAGUUGAAGGUAAAGUAGCAGCAAGAGGAGACAGAAGGCACAGCAGUGACAUCAACCAUCUUGUAACACAGGGAAGAGAGAGCCCUGAGGGUAGCUACACGGAUGAUGCAAACCAGGAAAUUCGAGGCCCACCACAACAGCAUGCCCACCAUAAUGAAUUUGAUGAUGAAUUUGAAGAUGAUGAUCCCUUACCAGCUAUAGGACACUGCAAAGCAAUUUAUCCUUUUGAUGGUCACAAUGAAGGCACUCUGGCAAUGAAAGAAGGGGAGGUUUUGUACGUUAUCGAGGAAGACAAAGGAGAUGGAUGGACAAGAGCUCGAAGACAGAAUGGAGAGGAAGGCUAUGUGCCAACAUCAUAUAUAGAUGUAACUCUAGAGAAAAACAGUAAAGGUGCAGUAACCUAUAUAUAA